AUGGAUACUUUGCCAGAUGUUGUGAUCAGAUUGAUAUUCAUAAUGUUGGACGACGAUGAAGUGGAUAUCAUGUGCUUGGGUAUGAGUUGUGUCAGGUUGUUCAAGGUGCUGAAAGGUAUGCCUCAGUUCUCACUGGAGAAGAAGGAACUCAGUUGGAUCAGUGAUGCACGUGAUCGUUGGCUCAGAUCAACCACACAGUUCGAAGCGGGUCAGACUCAUACAGCUGAUGACAAGUUGUUGAGAGUAGUUGAUGGCAACAGUGGUAGUGGCAGUGGCAUACCAUCACUCACACUUCCACCAAACAUCACAAGACUACGCUUUGUGACACAUUUCAACACAUCACUACUGCCCGGUCUGCUACCAGACUCCAUCACAUCGCUGACCUUUGGUGGAGAUUACAACAAAGUGAUCAGACCGCACACCCUGCCCAACACACUCAUCAAGAUAUUCUUUGGUUCCAACUUCAAUGUGAUGAUCAUACCUGGUUCAUUACCAGACACCCUGCGCACAAUAUCCUUUGGCUUCGACUACAACCAAGCAUUCAAGCAAGGCUCACUCCCAUCUGGACUCACAUCACUGACCUUUGGAUUCAACUUCAAUCAAACAGUAUGUGACGACCAAGUCGUCUACCUCCCAAGCUCACUCACAUCAUUGCACUUUGGUGCAUGUUUCAAUCAACAUCUGACAAGGCUGCCACAGUCACUCAUAUCACUUGGACUGGACGGAGGCUUCUCCAGUCGUGUCACACUCCCGCCAAAGGUGGCGAGACUCAACGUGGCCUUCCUCUUCCAACUCAAACUUUUGCUCAAGACUGCAACAUCAGAGCUCAAAGAUGUUUGUGUCUCAUACUUUCCAAGGAAUUACAAAGAGAUAGAGGCACCAUUGAAGAUACCAUUGAGCAUCAAGUUGAGUACAGUUACAAGCAUCGUCAGACCGAAUGAACCAAUAGCCAGACUGUCUGAAAGACACAAUAUUCAUAGAGUGGUCAAUGAGUAUUACAAGUCAAUGAUACAUGCAAUACCGAGUUAUGAAGCGACAUUUAGAAUAAUGCAUCCUUAUCAACCGGAACUAGAGGCGUACAACCUUCAUGACGCGUUCAAACGUAUAGGCGCACCACAAUCACCAUCCAUUUGUAAACUAUACCUAACCACCUCAUCACAACCAGCACCAAACAAGGUGUCAUCUGCCAAGAAGAUCAUCAAUAAACUCUUUGGAAAGAAUGUUGAUUGA